AUGCGCGUCGAGCUGAUACCCGAGGAGGGGAAGGUGAACUGCUACCGCAUUGCGGCGGGCAUGAAAUCCCGGCACCCCCCCGGCGUGAUCUACGGCCUCCUGCGCGACUUCAAGCGCGGCCCCGCCAUCUUCCGCCACAUGGACAAGUGCUCCUCCGUGCCGCAGCCCGACGGAAGCCUGCUCGUCGUGCAGAACGUCAAGUGGCGGUUCCAGUUGUUCUCGGGGAAAUUCGACCUGGCGCUCUACUGCCACUGCGACGAUGCAACACGCACUAUCACGUACCGACUGGCAUCUCCUGGAUUCAUGAAAGAUUUUGUCGGCACAUCAACCAUUCGCAGCCUUUCCUCCCUCCCUCACACCCCACCCUCCUCCUCCUCCCUGCCUCUCACCGUUCCUGGCACACGCGCUAUCAGCCACCCCCAGCCUCUGCUACAACCAGAGCUACAGCCUCAGGCACCUCAGCCUAAGCCCUUGCACCCAGCGCUACAGGUAAAGCCGCUACAGCCGCGCCUCCCGCUACAGCAGCGGCUGCUACAGCUGCAGCAGGCGAUUCCCCUCGGCCGCUUCCCCACUCAGCUGCUGGCGUUUGGGCGAGUGGCUUUGGGGGAGCCUCGGAUCGAAGGCGAGGGUCUAGGAGGGGGGAUUCUGGGUGGAUGGCCAAGGAUGGGUGAUGGAGCUGCUCCUGGUGUGCCCCUGGCAGCAGCAGCAGGAGCAGUAGGAGCGCCAGCAGCAGAAGGAGUAGUAGGAGGAGGAGCAGUAGGGGGCAUGGUAGGAGGAGCUAAGAUUGGCGGAGGCGUGCAGUGGAACGGUGGCAUGCCGAAAUGUGAACCGUCGGAUUGCGGGUCGGUGAUUGAGAUCGUCCAGAGGGUCGAACCAACUGCAUUGCCGCUUGGCCCUUUGACCCAGUACAUACUGGGGUACAUCAUAACAAGCCAAAUGCGAGGGCUAUUCCACGACCUGUGUGUGGAGGCGACAAACAUUGAAGCGAGGAAUAUUGCGGAACAGGCAAGGUUAAAGGCUGCUGCUGCUGCCACCGCGGGUUCUGCUGGAAUGCCACCUGGGCCUCCGCCUGGUCCCCCACCUGGCAUGCUUCCAGCAUCCGGGCCAUAUUCAGGCCACCCAUACGGAGCCGCCAACGCACAUAAUGCAUCGUCCUAUUCUGCUCCUAAUUCUGCUUACGGUCUUAAUCAGUCGCUUCCCCUUCCGCCUCCGCCUCCUCCGCCCACCAGCGGAGACCUUCCGCUUCCCCCUCCUCCGCCGUUCCCCCCUCCCCCCUCCGGCUCCCACCAUCCGACACCUCCUCCCCCACCCCCGCCCACGUCCGAUCCCCCGUUGCCCCCUCCCCCGCCCUUCCCGCCGGCGCAUUCCGCGCUUCCGCCUCCCCCGCCUCCCCCAUCCGCUCCUGGCGCGGGGACUCUCGCCCUUCCGCCACCCCCUUCCGCCCCGCAGCCUCCGUCCGCGGAGAAGGGGCGGCAUGGGGGUGGGGAUGGGCGAAGAGACAAGCGCGGAGCUGGCGGAGAUGGGGGAGACGGCGGGCGGAGAGAUAGGCACCAGCAUAGUCACCAUUCGCAACAGCCACAGAAGCCGUCACAACCAGGAUCACACCCGCGCAGUCAGCAGCACCAGCAGCAACAGCACCAACACCAGCAGCAGCAUCACCAGCAGCAGCAGCAGGGGGAGAAGCAGAGGCACUCGGCGCACGCGCAGGCUGGGGGGAAGAGCAGCCACGUGGGCGGGGGGGGUGGGGGAAGCGGGGCGCUGGUUCCCGCGCGCGGAAGGGACGCGCCUGGGGGAGCAGCUGGGGGGGGAAGCGGCGCAGCAGGAGGAGCAACAGGCGCAGCAGGGGGGGCUAAGGACGAGAACCGACUGAAACGGCCGUCGACGUUCCAGUGUAGAGUGAGGUUCACCAACAGCCUGCCAGAGCCAGCGUCGCAGCCAAAGCUGCUGCCUUUGGGGGGGGACCCCCACCGGUACUCCGCCUACCACGUGUCGACUCUUGAGGCGGACCAUCGGCACCGCCUGCACGUGGAGCCGGACUUAGGGAUCCCCCUUGACCUGCUGGACUUAUCCGCUUACUGCGCUCCCCCUCCCGCCCAGCGCCCACAGCUGCACCCAGCAGACGCGGAACUCCUGAGAGACGACGAUGCGAGUGUCAAGCACAGGGAGGGCGCGGGGGCAGCAGCAGGGGGGGCGGGCGGAACGGGCGCGCUGAGGGUAAAGGAGAGGCCUACAGAUGCUGGGCUGAGCUGGCUGGUGCACACUCAGUACAUCUCCGCUGCUGGCUCUGGCAGUGCUCCCAAGAAGAGGGUGCUUAAUGAGAAGGAGGCGAAGCUGCUGGCGCUGCAGCUGGAGCUGGCAGAUGAGCAGGUGUACAGUACAAGGGAGGGGCAGAUCCGGUACAUCGAGGAAUCUUUUCAGGCUACCCGCAAGCCGCCCGUGCAUCCGUCGAACCCGAGCCUUGAGGCAGUGGAGGUGUUGCCGGUGCUGCCGCUGUUCUCCCUGGCGGGCCGCCAGUUUGUGCAUCUCGUGUUUGACGACACGCCUCUGGCUCACUCGCCUGCCCACAUGCACCUCAAGGAGGAGCAGAAGAAAGAGAUGGAGGCCCGGGCAAUAAUGAAGAAUUUCAAGGUGGCAGCACCGGGGGGAGGGGAGCCACAGUCAUUCGUGGCAUAUAUGGUGCCCAACAAGCGCGAGUUGGGGAAAAAUCUUAGGGAGGGGGAAAGUGCGCGGUAUGACUGGGUGCGAGAAUACCACUGGAAGGUGGCCAAGGGGGAGCAAGGGCGAGGAACCUUCCUCUUCUGUUUCAACAAGGACAGUGUGACUUACCUUCCAAUCAACACAAAGCUCACAGUGGCAAAGAGAAAGGCGAAGGAGGGAGGCAAGGCGAAGGGAGAGGAGGGGGAGAGAGUGGAGCUGCCGGUUCCCUCCAAGAUCACAGUGCGAAACCGAUCAGGGGAAGACGCAGAGGAGGAGGAUGAGGGAGGGGAGAGGCGGCGACGUGCAGUGGAGAGAGAGGAGGAUGAUGAUGAUGAGGAGCAUGAGGGACGGAGAGGGAGGGGAGCGAGAAGGGGAAGAGACGAGGAAGAGGAGGAAGAGGAGGAAGAGAGGAGGGAGAAGAGGCCGAGGUAUGGGAGUGAAGAUAGAGAGGAGAGGGGUGAGAGGGGGGGGGGGGGGGAGAGGGGAGGUGGUGGGAGAGCGGAUGGGAGUGCUGAUGAGGGAGAUGGGCGGAGGAGGCAGCAGGAGCAUAGGGCAGACAGUGGCAGUAGUGGUGGUGGUGGGGGGACGAGGGGUGGAAGGGGUGGUGGUGGGGAUGGGGGCAACAGUGAGAGUGAGAGUGAGAGGAGGGGGAGAGGGGAGGAGGAUGAGCGAGGAGGGAGGCAAGGAGGGGCGAGAUUUGAGAGUGACGAGGAGAGAGGGGGAGGGGGGGGUAGAGGUCACAGACGCGGGAUUAUUGAGAGCGAUUCCGAGUAA